ACAUAAUUAUUAAAUAAAAUAAAUUAAUUAUAUACUUUUUAUAUAUAUAUUAGAAAUAUAUUCAUCCGAAAUAAAUAUAUUAUAUAUUAAUUUUUAUUAUAAUUUUAAAUAACAUAUUUAUAAUGCUCUAUCAAUUAUUUUAUUAAACAAUUUAUCAAAAACAUACAUCUUUUACAGUAUAAUUUAAAAUAACAUAUUUAUAAUGUUCUAUAGUAUACUGCUACUGUUUUAUCAUUGUUCUGCCAAUUAAGGUUAUGUCGAAGUAUCCAACCACAUCGAACUAUAACAAACUAGUUUAUUCAAAAUUUGAUAUUGCGUAUCAGCGUAUGUAAUUAUCGUGAAUCUUAAUUUGGUUCAAUUAUUAUUUACGUUCUCAACAAAUAUAUGAAUCUAUAGAUUCACAAUCUACGGAAAACACAUUAAGGCUCCGAAUAUUUUAAUCCGCCUCACCCUGCCCCGCAGUUAACAGUUAUAAAAAUGUAUACAUAUAUGAUAUAUGCAGAGAUUUUUGUUACUAUUAAAACCGUAUCCCAGUUAAACCGCUUGUCUCGUACCGUUCAACCCGCAAUUACCAUUCGGAGCCUAGGAUGUGUAUCAAUUAAUGAGGCAGCUUUACAUGCUUGUUAUUUUUGAUGACCAAAAGCUACUCUACAUGCUUGUUUCUUUUCAAGUUUGUAACCUCUGAAGUUCAAAAAAAUAUUUUUUUGCAACCUCUCAAUAAAUCAGAGAUAUCACAAUCGGACUAUCUAGUUAUGCAAUUUUCUCACGAGAAAAUUUUAUAACACUGUUUAAUGUGUAAAUUAUAAUAAAUUCAUCAACAAAAAUAUUUGUGAUAUUUUAUAUUGUAUAAUUAUCGAUAGAUAGAUUGAGGAUCAAAUCAGAGAUUACACUAAAGUUAAUAACUAAAAUCGUUUAGUAUAAGGCGAGACAGACCCUUGAUCCAAUAACAUGCGAACGUGAUGAAUCAAGGGUCGUCUUACGAUCAGUUUAACUACAAAAUAAAUGUUGAUAAAAUAAAUUUAUAACAAGAACAGCUUAAGUACAAAAUAAAUUUUUAUAAAAAGAAAAAAAAUCAGUUAGCUUUGAAGCAGUCGUCUUGCAUGUGUGUUUUUUUUUUGAAUGCUAAAAGCAGAUCAUGAUUUUUCUUAAUGGUCAUACUUAAACUUUUUUAAACUCGAUCAACCACACGUCUAUGAUCUGGAUCCCAAGAGACCCGAGUUCGAAUCCGCACUACAUCAAAUUUUCACGCGCAUGAUCAUCAGGGCUUUCACAUUCUCUCCGGAGAAUGGUUUACCAUUUUUUUUCUUUAAACUUGAUCGGAAGGUUUUGAAAUCUACCUCCAGAGAUCUAACUUCAAAGUUUGACAUCUUGGUCUUGGGUCAAGUCCGUACAAAGAGUAAGAAUGAUCUUACGAUAUAAUUUACUCACAGUAUGAAAUCGACACCGAGAAAUGUGACCAGCACGUCCACAAAAGAGAUGAAUUAUUAUCAUACGUAGUAUAUAACAAACAACCUCAUAAUAUGAAUCGAUAGCGCAAAAUGUGGCUAACUAAUAUUUUUCCGUAUAUAGCAUUUAGAAAAAAAAUAUUUAGAACAUUUUAGACUUCACGCUAACGCAUUAUGUGGUUUUUUCACCAAUGCGAGACCUUUAAAAUCUCAACAACAGAAAAAGUAAACAAGAAUAUUCAAAUCGAAAUACACGUAAUUACGGUCUUACUUGUUGACCAGUGUUGUAAGUUAUAAUCCAUAACCUGGGAUAGUGUUUUACUUGGUAAAUAAUUAGGCAUAAAGUUAUAGCCCUUUUAUUACGCUUCUAGUAGAGUACUCUUCUAAUGCACACAAUGAAAUCAAGUAAUGUUUUAAGUUGUAAGCUAUUAUAUAUAUAUUUAUGCAAAAUUAAUAUUGUUACACAAAAUCCAGAAACUAGUUUAAUGUGAACGAAAAAAGAAAAAUUGUUGCAUAAACAAUAACUGCACAUAUCAAUAGUAGUUCAGCUGUUUUUAGAUAUUGUUUUGUUACUAAGAACAUUUUCUUACUACUGCGGUAUUCCCAUACUUUGAGGUAAAGGUAGAUUUCAACAUCAUAUAACACCUAAUUAAGAAAAAAAUUAAUUUUGUUUGUAUUAACGUAAUAGUAUAUGAUAAUUACUGUAUAUAUAUAUAUAUUAAAACAGAUAUUUGUUUUGUGUCGUGUAAAAGGUGAACAAGUGAGAUGAAUAGACCAACAACUUUGAACUAAAAUAACACGUACGUCGUCCAAUUUAGUAGAAAAAUAUCAAAAAGAAAUUCUAUUUGGAAAGCCAAGGGACUUGACCGAAAUUGGUUGACUCUGCAUUUACACCUUGCGACCCCGAACCGGUUUUGGUGCUCUCUCUCGUUGUCUUUAUCACAUUCAUAAUAUGGUUGCUUUCUUUGACCGUCAUAAAUCAUAGUAAUAUUUAUUUUAUUAUUGUACAGUAGUAGUGUUAUAAAUUGAAUUUAUAAAGAUGGCCGGGCCACUGAUAUCAAUUUAUUAUAAUGUAUUUUAUUAAUAUUGGCUUUGCACUAUCAUAAUCGCAAGUUCGUUAUCAUAUGAUUUAAAGUCGUAUUUAUAUGUGCAGCUAUAUGCUUAGUGUCCCACACCGCGUUUUCUCACCAAACUCGAAUGUUAAAGAUUUGAUUUGACUUGUGUGAAAUUCCCUAACCAAAAGAACGAGAAAUUAGCCCCACGAGCUUACACGAAAACAUGCCAUUUCUUACACGGUUUCGUUUACUAAUUAAAAUGUUAUGACCCAUUGAUUUCAAGAUAUUAUAUAAUAGAAAUAAAGUUGAACUGUUAGUAUUUGUAGACAUUAAAGUACUGAUGUAUAGAACAUCAUUAUAUGUUUCCUGUUACCGUCACAAAUGAAAUAACAUCCAAAGCAUAACCAUUAAUCUGUAUAUUUCUUAGAUUCUGCAUUAGCAUUAUGUAAGAAAAAGUCAUGUCUCAAAGCAUAACCAGUUGAAUUCGACAUAACUGAACCAUAUUAAUUAUAACCAGUCGAAUAAAUUAUAACAUAAUUUAUGAAUCUCUGCGUAAUCGAUAGAUUUUGUAAUCAUCACGUCGGUAGUAGUAUAAAAUAAAAUAAAAUAAAAAGGAUAAUCUUUAAAUAUAAUCUCAGCUCAGUAGCUCAUAGGAGAAUUGUUCAACAUGAUUAUUUUAUAUACAGCAUACAGGUGUAUUCUUCAUAGCAUUGAAAUAUAUUAGCAAAAAAAAACAUUAUUCUCCUUUUCCGUUGUAGAUCUUAUACAACCCUUGUUUGUUUGAAUGUAAAAAGCGCAGAAACCAAGAAUAUUUAAUACAUUUUAUCCAAAAUAGAAAUAGAUGAAAUCUGUUGACCGACCAAACAAAAUAGUUAAUGAUCAGACCAGAAAAUUCUGAAAUGCAUAUAAGUUGUGAGGACGCUAAAACUGUACUCCACUAUUAACCAAGAACGACGUAUUCAAAGAUGCCACCAUUCAUACGUAACGCCGUGCGUAUAUCACAUAUGUAAUUACAAGUUAGCAUGUAAUAUACUAAUAUAUAGAUGUAUACAACUUCUAACAAUGUUAUCAAAUAGUUUGUAACUUUGUAUAAGCAAUAAGCUGUGAGUACGUUUAGUCGUUUAUACAUUCAACCUGACGACGUAUUCAAAGAUGCGCCUCCCACAGACUCCAACUCGUAACGCCAUGCGUAUAUAACAUACGCUUACACAUAUGAGUAUGUAUAAGAUAAUGUAUACAACUUCUAACAGUGUUAUAAAAAUGUAGAAAAUAAGUUGUGAGUACGAUCAUCUAACCAAUAUGAGGACGCAUUCAAAGAUGCCCCACACGUUAGUAUGUAUUUUAUGUUGCAUUGAAAAUCAAAGAAGAGCUCGUGUGGUUUGAUUUAUUACGUUUUAAGUUAUGAGGAAAACGUAAAACCUUUGAAUUAAGACUUCGAAAAAUCUUCAGUGCGUAUCCUAAGGUCCAGUCCCAAAUUUGUUCUGAAGAAAAUCUAAUUAUUACAUCAUUUUAUGUAUCGAUUAACAUUAAUUAAAGUUAUAUAUAUAGACGACAGAUGGGCAAAGAAGAGACAUAACCAGAAACAGAGUUCUUCUUGUCUUUAAUAGGCCUCUCUGUUAACAACAUUCGACGUCGAAACUUCUCAAGAUCGUAACAGUGUAAGUGAUCUUCCUCAAUCUUUGGGUUUCAACAUAAACUAUUUUCACUUAUUGAUCUCCUUGUCUGAAUCUUUACUUCUAAAUUUUGCAGGUAGCUCUAAUGGCUUUAUCUUUUGGAUUCUUACAAAGGGACAACAGUUUCAAGAAAGAUUCACAAGAGUGUAAAACACCAAGAGUUCUGAACAACCCAGUAAACAUGUUUCUUGAAAAGACCCUAUCCUUCAAGGAUUUGGUCGAUCAGGGGACGAAUUACAAAGAUGAGAGCUUUGGGGUCAAAACGAGAAAAGGUAUAAACUUGAAGGGUCCUAAACCAGAUAACAUGGUUCUUGAGAGGAGUCUCUCGUUCACGAGUCUAGUCCAGGUGGAGAACAGAGAAGAAGAAGACGACGACGAAAGAGGCUCGCCUCCUAAACGAAGGAACAAGGGUAAAAUGGGCAUAAUAGGGAAUUUAACGGCGUUAAGUGUACCUGCACCGAAGCCGUUUUGGUCUCCAAGACCGUCGACGGAGCUUGACGCUGCGGCCUUGACGUUACAAAAGGUUUACAAGAGUUAUCGAACGCGUCGAAAUCUCGCUGACUGUGCAGUUGUUGUUGAAGAGUUAUGGUGGAAAGAAUUGGAAUUGGCAGCGUCAGAACCGAACCGAACCAGCCAGAAACCAGAGACGGCUGUGUCGAGGUGGGCAAGAGCUGGAACAAAAGCGGCAAAGUUAGGGAAAGGAUUGCUGAAAGAUGAUAAAGCCCAGAAACUAGCAUUGCGACAUUGGUUAGAAGCCAUUGAUCCACGUCAUAGGUACGGACACAAUUUACACUUAUACUACGAUGUUUGGUCGGAAAGCGAGAGUACUCAGCCAUUCUUCUUCUGGUUAGACAUCGGAGAUGGCAAAGAAGUGAAUCUCACCAAAUGUCCACGAACUCUUCUUCAACGCCAAUGCAUCACUUACCUUGGUCCGAAAGAGAGGCAAGCGUACGAAGUUGUAGUGGAAGGAGGGAGACUAGUCAACCGACAAAACAAGAACUUUAUUGAGACCGUUGAAGGAACCAAAUGGAUUUUCGUGUUGAGCACGGCACGGAAGUUAUACAUUGGUCAGAAACAAAAAGGACGGUUUCAACAUUCAAGUUUUCUCUCCGGCGCUGCCAUCAUUGCCGCUGGUAGAAUUGUCUCACACGACGGAGUUUUAGAAGCCGUGUGGCCGUAUAGUGGUCAUUAUCUUCCGACAGAAGAGAAUUUUCGAGAGUUUAUCGAUUUCUUAAAAGAAAAUCAUGUGGAUCUCACUAACGUCAAGUUGAAUGCGAUUGACGAUGAUAAUCAUAUGGUCUGCAAUGAUGGAAGCACUAAGCCGUCUAUAUCUAACGGUCGAGAUGAAACUAAAGCCAUCACGGAUGAUGCGACGGCUGAUGAUCUGAGGGAACAGAAACGCUUUCCAUGCAAGUGGAGUACCGGGAAUGGGCCUAGGAUCGGGUGUGUGCGGGACUACCCUAUGGACUUGCAGACGCGGGCGCUUGAACAAGUUAACCUUUCUCCUCGUGUGGUUAACAUGACGAUGGGACUAUUUGGUCCAAUACCUUCACCAAGGCCUAGUCCAAAGAUUCGUGUCUCUCCUAGGUUAUUUUGCAUGGGUCUUCUUCCAAGUCCAAAGAAUUAAUUUUCCAGCUUCUUUUUGAUCUGAUAUCAUUCAAUUUUUCUUGUCUUCCUUGAUCUUGGAUGAUUCUUUAAUUAGGGUACAACUUGUCCCUCCCCAUUAAAAGUUUAAGUAGUUUAAUUUUACAGUCUUACAGUUCUAUAACAUGUAACCUUUUAUUUACUCUGUGGCAUCUAUUUUAAUGUCAUAUUUUUCAAAUAAUUGUUUCCAGCAAAUCAAAUAUAUUAAUAUCAAAAGAAGUUUAUAAGAUGCAAAACAUUUCCAAUACAACAGUUACAACAAUUUUUUAAAACAACAAAACAAUUUUAAUGUGGAAAUGGAAAAAGUAGCUAAGUUAUUAUUUUGAAAAUUUUAUAAUCAGAUUAAAUAUACCAUCAUACCCUUUCUUCAUAUAAUUUUAUAAACUAUUGUUUUUCCAUAAAACUCCAAGAUAGAUCCAUCAUAAUAUUAACUAGUAAGAUUGGUUUAAACGUUGUUGGUAAUGAAUCUAAACCGUGUUUCCUUGUCGAAAAUGCCAAAAGAAAUGGAGGUUUGUGAUGCCCGACGAACUCUCCAUAUUUUUUUUUGUUUUCUCCUUGACAGUUUCCAAGAUUGUUCUUUGAAAAGUAGUGGUCUAGUGGUAGUGGACGGGCCUUGGAUGCAAACACAUUCCGGGUUCGAUCCUCCUGCUGCGGAAACUAAAUCACAUUGUUCUGCUCAUCACGGCUGCGGAUACGUCCGUAUGAAAACCCGGGAGAGAGCUUGUCGUGGGUUGCACCUCCUACCCGAGGGUUAGGUCUGUGUCUUUAAUAGAUCCGGGUUUAACCCUUUUUUUUCAAAAAAGUAGAACGGUUAGUUUUCUUUUCAAAUUCUAACAACUCCCUUUGUUUCAUGUCACUUUAUCAUUUUUUUUUGUUACACAAAAAAUAUCAUUUUACUAUUUCAAUGCAAUUUAUAUUUAUUUUCAGCGGAAUAUGAAUUAUAAAAUGUAUUGAUUUUAUAAAUAAAUUUAUUUAUCUAAAAUAUUACUGGUUAAAUAGAUAACAUUAGUGAAAACAUGAAUACAUUUCAAUCGGUUUCUGAAUAUGUGUGAAAAUGUCUAAAUUGCAAUCUUUGUAAAAGGGAGGGAGUACUAAACAGUAACAAUGAGGAUUUUUUUUCAAAUACCAAAGAACACACAAAUCCAACGAUCUAAUACCAAGAAAAAUCAAAUCAUGUGAAACUAAACACCAAUGAUUAUGAAAACCGACCGAGAGGCGUUUGGAGCGGAAUAAAAAUAAAAAUAAAAAA